UGGAGGUUGGAGUGCGGUAUGGCUACCUGCCGCGGCCCAUUGGCGAAAUCUCGCGUUCCAGUUUCCGCUCCCCUCUGCUAGCCCAUCGAGGGUGGAAGUCGAAGUUAGCGGGCGACGCGGGGCUGGAGUCUAACAUUUUCAGAAAACUUUGGAAAGAACAAGUCUACUUCAAUAAAUGAAGGAGAACAAAGAAAAUUCAAGCCCUUCAGUAACGUCAGCAAACCUGGACCACACAAAACCAUGUUGGUACUGGGAUAAGAAAGACUUGGCUCAUACACCCUCGCAACUCGAAGGACUUGAUCCGGCCACAGAGGCCCGGUACCGCCGAGAGGGUGCUCGGUUCAUCUUCGAUGUCGGCACACGAUUGGGACUACACUAUGACACCCUGGCAACUGGAAUAAUUUAUUUUCAUCGCUUCUACAUGUUUCAUUCCUUCAAGCAAUUCCCAAGAUAUGUGACAGGAGCUUGUUGUCUCUUUUUGGCUGGGAAAGUAGAAGAAACUCCAAAAAAGUGUAAAGAUAUCAUCAAAACAGCUCGUAGUUUAUUAAAUGAUGUACAGUUUGGCCAGUUUGGAGAUGACCCAAAGGAAGAAGUAAUGGUUCUGGAGAGAAUCUUACUACAAACUAUAAAGUUUGAUUUACAAGUAGAGCAUCCAUACCAGUUCUUACUCAAAUAUGCAAAACAACUCAAAGGUGAUAAAAACAAAAUUCAAAAGUUGGUUCAAAUGGCAUGGACCUUUGUAAAUGACAGUCUCUGCACCACCUUGUCACUGCAGUGGGAGCCAGAAAUCAUAGCAGUGGCAGUCAUGUACCUUGCAGGACGUUUGUGCAAGUUUGAAAUACAAGAGUGGACCUCCAAACCCAUGUAUAGGAGAUGGUGGGAGCAGUUCGUUCAGGACGUCCCUGUUGACGUGCUAGAAGACAUCUGCCAUCAGAUCCUGGAUCUCUACUCACAAGGAAAACAACAGAUGCCUCAUCACACCCCACAUCAGCUGCAGCAGCCCCCAUCUCUUCAGCCUACACCACAAGUGCCACAAGUGCAGCAGUCACAGCCACCUCAGGGCUCUGAGCCAGCCCAGCCCCAGCAGAAGGACUCGCAGCAGUCGGCCCAGCAGCCUCCACCACCACCACAGUCCCAGCAGCCCAAGAAGCUGUCUCCACAGCCCAGCCCUCCACGACAGGCGAAGCGUGCUGUGGUUGUUUCUCCCAAAGAAGAGAACAAAGCAACAGAACCACCACCUAAAAUCCCCAAAAUUGAAACCAGUCAUCCACCGUUGCCUCCGGCUCACCCUCCUCCAGACCGGAAGCCACCCCUCGCUACCGCCUUAGGUGAGACUGAGCCGCCUGGCCCAGUGGACACCAGCGACCUCCCCAAGGUCCAGAUUCCUCCUCCGGCCCACCCGGCCCCUGUGCACCAGCCCCCACCACUGCCACACCGACCCCCGCCCCCACCCCCAUCCAGCUACAUGACCGGGAUGUCUACCACCAGCUCCUACAUGUCGGGAGAGGGCUACCAGAGCCUACAGUCCAUGAUGAAGACCGAGGGCCCCUCCUACGGAGCCAUGCCCCCUGCCUACGGCCCACCCGCUCACCUUCCCUACCACCCUCAUGUCUAUCCCCCCAACCCACCCCCGCCCCCCGUGCCUCCUCCCCCAGCGUUUCCACCCCCCACUAUCCCACCCCCCACGCCCGGCUAUCCACCACCUCCGCCCACCUACAACCCCAACUUCCCACCCCCACGCCUGCCCCCCACCCAUGCAGUCCCACCUCACCCCCCUCCAGGUCUGGGCCUGCCCCCUGCUAGCUACCCGCCUCCUGCCGUCCCCCCAGGAGGACAGCCACCGGUGCCCCCUCCCAUCCCCCCUCCCGGCAUGCCUCCCGUUGGGGGCCUGGGGAGGGCCGCCUGGAUGAGAUAACAGGGUGCUGUUUGUGCCCCUGUUUUUUAACAAAAGUCUUUCGAAUCAGCCGGAGUAGUUAGUGGGGAAGUGGCAGGGUACCUUGUAUAAAGCUAGACAACUGCAGUAUGGGAAGAAGGGACUGGACCCUGGCCUGACUCGGGGUAGUCCUCAGGCCCGGAGGGAGGAGCAGGGCUGCAGCGAGGCCUUAGCCUCCUCUUGCGUUGUUUACACGGUUUCCAUUCUCAUCUGAGAGUCCUGUGCUGGGUUACUUUACACUAGUGAAAUGCUAACCAGCCAUAUUGGCUCAAUAAAUAGCUUAAGGAGAGAAUUUCCUUCUAGAAAUCAGUGCCUAUUUUUCCUGGAAACUCAAUUUUAAAUAGUCCAGUUCCAUCUGAAGUCCAGCUGUUGUUCCCAUCCAGUGAUUUCCCAUGACACCCAGUAGGUCAGAUGAACCCUUUUUUCAUUUGCAGAUAUUUGCAUCCUUUGUAUUAAAAUUAUUUUGAAGGGGUUGCUUUGUUGGAUGGCUUUUUUCUUUUCCAGAGAGUAGAGAAGUGUACUUGGAAAGUAAUAUAUGUUUACAUCUAUUUGCAAAUUUCUGUAUAUGACUUUUUUUUUUCAAGUGUGAAUGUAACAGUGUACUGUGAAUUCCAUCUUGGUUACAAAUGAGACUCCUUCAGUCAGUGAUCCAAAUAAAAUCACUUGUGAAACUGC